AUGUGGUCCCAGCAGCCGCCGGACCCCCGGCAGCAGCUGGCCGAGGUGCUGGCCGGCCUCCGGGCCGCCCACACCGAGCUCGGGGACACGAGGGAAGAGCAGCCGAAGAGGGAGCUGGAGCGUUCGUUGGAGGCCGCCGCCGGAGCCUCGCACACGGCGGGCGUCACGAGGCGCCUUGCGGCGGGCCUGGACAAGCUCGCGGAGGCGCAGAGGGCCGCCGGCGGCCUCCUGGCCGAGGCCUUCGCAGACUACGCCCUGUCCAAGGACCUCGACGAGGACCUGCGCGGCGUCGCCGAGCUCUUCGUGGCCUGGCGCGAGGUCGGCGAGGCGCAGGUCUCCCUUGCGGGCCAGCUGGGCGGCCUGUGCAGGUCGCUGCGAGAGCAGGCCGCGCACUGCGAGUCGGAGGCCGCGCUGCGCGGCCGCGAGGCGCGACGGCUGCUAGACGAGCUCGCCGACGUGCGCGCGCCGCAAGGAGGGGGCCUGCUGCGGUGGAUGUUCGGGCGCAGCCUCACGCUGGAGGAGGAGGAGGCCGAGCGGGGGAGGCGAGAGACCCAGACCGUCGCGAUCUCCACCUGCCUGGAGCAGAUCGCCGAGAACAUGGACGCCAUCCGGGAGCACUGCAGGCCCCGCGGGAACCAGGGCUGCUCCGCCUGUUCCCUUUUCUUUUCGAUCGCCGAGAAGAUGGACGAGAACAUGGGCGCCAUCCAGGUGACGCUGCUGUUGUCGAUGCGGUGGCACCAGCAGGUGAUUUUGGAUCUGUUUUGCAUUAUGGGGAUUCACAUCCAGGAGGCUAGCGCUCAUACGGUAUUGGAGCUCAGGCAAUUCGGUCCGCGCCCUUUCGCGCCAAACGCUGUGAUCGUGGUGCCCAUCGGGGCUUCAGUCUGCAGCGAGGCCCUAGUGGGAUCAUUUUGGCUCAAGCGGUCGCACGGCCGCGCCUCCCUCCUCUCCUUGCGGGACCGCGGGAUGGCGCUGCCUAGAGGGGCUCUCGCGGCGCCUGUGGACCUGGCGGCCUUGGUGGCCGCGGCGGUCCGCGGAGCCGUGGACGUCGGCGCGCCGCGCCGCGCUGUCGCUGCCGUGGCGCGCUCCGCCGCGUCGGCCGCCGCCUUCGCGGCGCGGCCGAUUCCGCGGGAGCCUGCCGCCGCGGGCGGCGGAGUACGCCCUGAUGUGCCUGCCGACGCCGCUCCUCGCGCCUCCUCGGAGGCGCUGCGCGAGCGGCGGCGCAGGCGCCGUCAGAGGCGCGCGGGGCAGCGCGCUCUGGAGCGAGGGGAAGCUGCGGCGAUGGCGGAUGCAGUGGUGGCGGAUGGCCCGCCGCCCGCUGCGGUCCCCGCUACCGCUGGCGGCCCCAACACGGACAACGACGGCGGCGACGACGUCGAGUUUGACGACGCCUGGGCGGACGAGGCUGCGCCGAGGAGGCGCAGGCCGCGUCGUCGGCGGGCGCUACCGGAGGCGGCUGCUCCGGGUGAGGCGGCGGCGGCGGCGGCAGGCGCGGGCCUCGGCCCGCCUGCCGAGGAGGCGGCGGCUUCCCCGGGGCUCCCUCUGGUCGCGCUGGGGGCGGCGGCGGGCGCCCUGGAGGCGGUGCGGGCCGCGCUGCCCGUCUGCGAGCUGGCGGCUCUGGACUCCUCCUUCGAAGCGUGCCAGGGCGUGCGGGCGGCCGCCGACGACGCGCUGCUCCGCGCGCGGCCUCCGCCCUCGGAGGCGAUGCGCGCGGAGGUCCAGCGCAUGCUGGACCUGGUGCUCCCCCGCCCCGCUCCGCCCUACCCUUCGGCGGCGGGGCUCGGCCUGGCGGCCGCCGCGCUCGCGCUCGGCGGCCUCGCGGGCCUCGCGGGCGGCGGCGGGCCCCGCCCUAGGGGGUUCUGCGAGCUGCUCGGAGUGGGGUUGCAGCCCGUGCCCUCAGUGAGGGCUCAGUGCUCCGACCUGGCGAGGGCGGCUGCGCCGAGCUGCGGGGCUUGCGCGCCCCGGCACACCUGCCCGGCCAUCCCCGCGUGCGUCUGCGCGGGCGCGGGCGGCCAGGUGUUUGAGCCGUUCUGCGGCGGCCUGUUGUUGGCCUACGCCGCAGCGGCUCUGGUGACGGGAUCCGUGUGCGGCCUGCUCGGCGCGUCGCAUUACGUCAUCACGUCCGAUGGGGACAGGUACGACGAGACGGCGGUGCCCGACGUGGACGUGGCGGGCACCACCAUGCUGUCUGGCCAGGGCGAGCGUCCUCCUGGGCUGUGGGUGUAUGGCUUCAGGGCGCUGCCGACCGCGGCGGACGUGUGGGCUGGCAUCGCGGAGGCGUCGGCGCUUUACGGGCUGCCGAGGCCGCCAUCGCCCGCCAGCAUGCCUGUUGCCAUCGGCAACGCGGCGGGCUCCCCGUCAGCGUGGCGCACCAAGUGGAUGACCGAGUGGCGGAUGUUGGAGGACGACCCUGUCACUUGGGAGCGCGCCCUCCUCCGUCGCAUCCUGGAGCUGGCGGCGUGCUACGACCAGGUGAACGUGGGCGAGCUAGCACGCCUGGAGAUGACAGCGAGGCGUCUCCAGCUUUUGGAGGAGAAGGUCGUGGAGCUCGCCUUUCACCCGAAAGGCAACGACAAUAAUGACAAGGACACGUGCCAUGUGCCCGACGAUGGGGCGGGGAAUCACCAGUUCUUGAACGCGCAGGAGAGCGAGGCAACGACCUGGAUCGCGGAUGAGUUGAAGUCCGAGGCCGCGGUGGCCAAGGGGCGCAGGAAAGGUUUCACGGGCCUGGAGCUGCUCAGCCUCGCGAUGGCGUUUGACCAUUCUGGACGCCAGCGCAACAUCUUUCCACCCCUGGGCUUGCAGUCGACGGAGUCUGGCCUGGUGAAGGGGGAGAAGGUCGCGCCGGAGGCCCACGGCAACCUGGCGCGCUUCGGGUGGUUCCUGUCGGCAGAGCAGCGGAAGACUCUCCAGGACAUCAGGAAGAAAGUCCACCGCCCGGCGCGCAAGGCCACGGACGCCCCCGCGGACGACCCGGCCAGAAAGGCCUCGAAGAGGGACGCUCGCACGAUGGCGGUGGCCAUGUUUGCGUGAGUGGGUCGGUCCACGGUUCGUUUUCCACCCCCCCUUCCUAGUCGGUUUCUUCCUUUUCCUCCGUUUCCUCUUCCCCCUCCUCCCCCCCCUCCCUGGCUUGAGCUCCCGUAGAGACGGAGGCGCGUGGGGCGCGCCGCGCGCGG